GCAACAGCCGACCCUCGUCAUCCCAUCCUGAUCUCAAACCAAUCCUUUCCGAUCAGCAAGUAUCCAGUGUGUGAUUGUGAUGUGCCGUGGAUAAUGUAAUAUCUCAGCUUCGUAUUUAUAUUUUUCGUUGACAGUUAAUUAUUAUGGAGUUUGCAUUCCCGUCGGGGACAGAUGAAUCUCGUUGGAGAUGAAGAUGGCACAGAUUGAUGAAGUGAUUAUCGGAUCGUGAUUAGAGUGGAAUCAUCGUGACCAUGCUCACCCCCGUUCAGUUAAACAGAAGAUAAUUAUGACCAGUCAUUACGCGUGAAAUACAGUUUACGAUGGAUAACUACUGGACGUUGAUCAAAAUCUAGUGGCACUGUUUCUCGAAAACCCCCAAGUGAAGAUGGAUGCGAGCACGGUGUGGAAUUUGAGCAAGCGGUUGGAGCCGCUGGUGCAGAACUCAUCGAAUUGUACAUCGAUGGAUGGUGGAUGUUAUUACGAUCAUGAGUUGGUCGAUAGAGUGGUGAAAGUGGUCGUACCAUUGUUCUUCGGCCCUAUCGGUAUACUCGGGCUUGUGGGUAAUUCACUAGUGGUCAUCGUUAUUGCUCUCAAUCCUGGUAUGCGGUCUACCACGAAUCUUCUCAUUAUUAAUCUGGCAAUAGCGGACUUACUGUUUGUCAUAUUCUGCAUACCAUUCACUGCUGCUGACUUUGUACUGCCGUACUGGCCAUUUGGUGAUCUGUGGUGCCGAAUUGUCCAGUAUUUGAUCAUCGUUACUGCCUGCGCUAGUGUUUACACGCUGGUACUCAUGAGCUUGGAUAGGUAUCUAGCUGUUGUGCAUCCGGUGGCUUCCAUGACUGUGAGAACCGAGCACCAUGCGUUUAUAGCUAUCUGCAUCGUAUGGUUCGUCAUACUUACGACGUCUAUCCCGGUUCUCAUCAUUCAUGGGGAGAUUUAUAUUCAGUUGCAGACCGAUCCGGAUCCGCAGCCCGCCUGCAGGAUUCUCCCAGACGUCAAUCGGACGGUAUUCCAAGUGACAUUUUUUCUGUUGAGCUAUGUCAUUCCGUUGACACUCACGUGUGCACUGUACGUGUUCAUGCUCAUUCGGUUGUGGCGAGGGGCGCGUGCCAGUGCUGAAAGUCGAAGGGGACGAAAAAAAGUCACUAGGCUCGUCAUAAUUGUCGUCGCUGUCUUCGCGAUAUGCUGGUUUCCCAUUCAAGUAAUUCUGGUGGCGAAAUCACUGGACUCGUAUCCCAUGACGACAACGUCGGUCAUGAUUCAGGUGGCCAGCCACGUUAUGGCGUACAUGAAUAGCUGUGUUAAUCCAAUUUUAUAUGCAUUUUUGAGUGAUAAUUUUCGGAAAGCCUUUCGGAAGAUUAUUUAUCUCAGGCCGAGGUACCAGGCCAAGGGGGCGGGUGGACCGCUGACCAAGACCACUCGGGCGGCGAGCAGCGGUGACAUCAUAUAGGACACAAUCUAUGAUAUUCAGAACUAGUCGAUAGCAGAAGGCUGACUGGAAGCCUUUGACUAGAGGGCGCCCGAGACUUCACAGGAUGAUUGGCAAUGAGAAGGUACAAGGCUCCAUCAAAUGCAUGGUGCAAUGCUUUUGUAUCUCGAGUUAUUGCGUAAUUUACAAAUGGCUCAAUACCAAAGAUAAUUGUAGAGCACGGUGGGAGAAUGAUCUUUGUUCAAUUUGACUGGUUACAAUGAUGCUGUAUGAUCGAAGUGGCUGGAUACUCAGUGUGAUUCCGUGUUGCUUCUCUUUUCCAACGAUUUUCCCAAUGAAAAAUAGUCUAUAAAUAACGAUCGUCAUGUCAUUUGAGUGUAUAAAUGUACCAAAUGGUGUUAUAAAUUAUAUGAAGUGUUAAUGAUUGCUGUUAGACUUUAUCAUAACGAUGUAUGAGAAACGAAUAUUAUUGAUUUGUAAAAUUUGCAGCACAAGGAUGAAGUAGAUAGGGAAUAUAACUUGAUAUGUAUACGAAUAUUCACACGAAUGAGUACCUCUUGACUUUGAAUUGUAGGAAAAUUGAAUAAAACGUGGAGAUAGAUUUUGAAUACAUCUGACUAAUAUAUUGAAUCAGCGGAGGAUGGUAUAUGAGCCCCUGCCUCCUCCGCGAGAUUCUCCAGUGCGAAAAAUUAUUACCACGUUUUUUCUUCCCCUUGAGAGAUCAAAAUAUUACACUCACGUAGGAAUAGUUAUUUUUAUUGAAUAACUGAAUGAAUGAAAUAACAAUACAAUGGGGGGUAAAUGUUCUGAGUGUACAUAGAACUAAUUUAUCAUUAAAUUGAUAUCGAUGUACAUGAGUGUAAAUUUAUAAAUGUUGAAGGGAGACUAACUUGUAAAAUAACUGUACUUUAAUUGUAUAUUAAAUCCAAUAAGUAUAUGCUAAA